ACAGACCCAGUCUCAGCCCCCACAGUGGCAGCAGCACAUCACUUCUUCCUGGCUGGUAUCGGAGGGGUCAUUUUUGGUGGAUUAAUCAUGGCAGCAUCAGGAAUACCCGCGUGGGAGAGGAAAGCCCGCAUGUUUUUGGGCGUCUUUGGCUUAAUUUUGUCUAUUUACGCUCUUCACGUGGAAUUAUCCCGCGAGCACGACCCCGAGUACAGAGCGAUGUGCGAUCUGGGGGAGUCUGUGAGCUGCUCCAAAGUGUUCACCUCCAGAUGGGGACGUGGUUUUGGCUUGGUGCAGUUCUUUGUCCCCAAAGAUAGCCCUCUGAACCAGCCCAACAGCGUACUUGGCCUUGUGUUUUAUACUCUGCAGCUUGGCCUGGGUCUGUCCCUUUCCAAAAAAGCGGCUCUCAUCCUGGUGCUGUCGUCUUGGGUUUCUGUGGCCGGCUCGCUCUACCUGGCCUUUAUUCUGGCCUUCGUCCUGGGGGACUUCUGCAUGGUCUGCGUAUCGACAUAUGCAGUCAAUUUUGCCUUACUCUACACCAACGUCAAGCGAAGGAGCGCCAUAGAAGGACAGAAGGUGAAGGCAGGAUAAAGUAAGAUGUUCCAUUCAGCACCUAUGGUGUUUUUUUUGCCUUGUUUACACCUGCUGAGACUUCACACCAAACCAGGACUCAUCUCCAUUCUUCAAUCAGUCAUGUUGUUUAACUGUCAUUAUACAGUCUGAUGUGAUUACAUUCAACCGUACUUCUCAAAAUAGAUAUUAAAAACAAAUUGUUUUUAAAAA